GCGGUAAACGUCAUCGGUGAUUUAAAAUUUCAAAACAGCUGCUUCCAGUGGUAAACGUGUGCCCAAGACGCCGAUCGACUCUAUAUCCAAGGGUAAAUUGGAGGCUUUACAUGACAGUAUGAAGGUGCUGGUUAAAGUUUUCAGGAGGGAGUGCCACAGGGUAUUAGACUCUGAAAGGACCACCGUUCAUGGAGCUGAUGGCAUGCUGAUGAUGCUGCAGCUGGCUAUGGCUGAAGUUCAUAAGCAGCACGGCGGAGAGUUCAAAGCGGCUCUGAGUGAUGUCCUGAUGGCCUGGAAACACUUACUGUUAGACAAACUUCACCUGCCACCCCCUAACUCUGCAUGCUUGGAGAACUAUGAUCUCAUCCGGAGGGCUUACGAAUCCUUCCUGAAACGCUCCAACACGGUGGACCUGGUUGAUAUCUUCUCCAUGUACAAACAGCUGAGGCUGGCCGACUCGGAUCCAGAUGAGCCUGUGAGCCCGAUCCAGAUGUUUGACUUCUUAUCUGGCAACAUGGAGGUCCCUGGGUUGCCAGACUCUUCACUCCUGUCAACGCCAUCUAGUCAAAGCAGACGCUGCAGCUCACAGGUGAAAAUGGCAGUGAGAAGGGUUUUCUGCUCCUAUCUCAGUCUGCUCGUGAACUCCAAAAACGACAUGGCCUUGGCGCUAACCCUCGACGUCCCCAGCAGAGCCCUUGGACGGCAGGCGUUCACAGACAUAAAGCACGCCGCACAGAACAACAACACGUCUCUCUUCUUGGCUGUGACGUCUUUUGUGAGAGCCAUCCAGCUCGGAGGGAAGGGCUAUGCUCCGGCUGAGACCAACCCGCUGAGAAAGCAUGUCAAAGGCCUGUCAGAGUUCGUCCAGUUUCUUGACAACCUGGAAGAAAUACUGGGGGAGAUUCCUGACCCAAGUGUGUGUGGGGCCAGGCUGGUGAUGGCCAUCAGGGCGGCUCUCGUGAAAGGACGCAGCAGUGGAGACGCCGUUUACGCCGCAGCAGAGGAGACGACAACAGAGCUGAAGGAGAGAAUCUGCCAGAUCCACCAAAUCCAGAAGGAGAACGCUAAUGGAAGCGGGACAGGGAUAAGCCCUGCCAGGCCAAAAGCUUACGCAGUCAAUCAUGCCACAGCCUACGGAGGUCGGGACACGGUGAAGGUGCUGCUGGCACUGCUGGAUGAAGAAGCUCUGACUCCUCUGUGUCAGAAUAAAGCAGACCUGCUGUCUGAGGAUCAGCCUAUUCUCAGUGGAGCUGAAGGCACCUGCAUCCUCAUGCUGUUCAGAUCCCCUGAAGUGUCCACUGGAUCUUCUCCAGAACCUCUAAAGAACCGAGUCCAGAGCCGGCUAGACCUGCUCAAACCCAAGCCCAAAGAGCGAGUCAUUCGAUCCCAGUUUGCCUGCACAUACAAAGAUGAAGAGCUGCCUCUGAACCGUGUGCUAGAGUUCCCCAGCACCAGCCAGGUCCCUACCUGUGUGCACCCAGCACCAAAACCCAGUCCUGCUGUGGAUGAGGAGUGCAGCUCUGAUGUGGAGGAGACAGCCACAGACAAGCCUGCUCCUGCCUCUGAAAAUAAGAAACAGAGCGGGGAACAGCAGGGAGUCGCUCUCAAGCCAAGAAGUGGAAAUGCCCAAAACAGAGUCGGAGGAAGCAGAAAGAAGACGGGGGCUCAGAUUCAAAACAAGGGCAACAAGAGGAAGCAGGUGGAUUCUGAGCAGCAUGGGGGAUCCGAAAAUGAGCCUCCGCAGAAAAAACAGCCAGCGAAAAUACCCUGCAAGAAUGCGGGCAAGACCUUAAGUAAGAAGAAGCUGAUAGCAGGGCAGGGAACACUCACCAGCUUCUUCAGGGUUUAAUGAUCGUAUGCACUGGUCUCACUUUAUUACAAUAGAAGGACUUCAUGUGAAGUGACAAAUCUUAUGCAAUAUGUAAGGCUGCACCAGUGCAUCAGUUUAACACCUGUAUCACACGACAUCAGCCCACUGGCUGAUAAUCAGCCCUGAUUUUCACAAUUGCCCCAUCUCUAACAGCCUAAAUAUCCCCUCUAAGGCUGCAGAUAAUGCUGCUUUUCAGUUUUAGUUGAUCUUUAUUUAUUUCUCUUUAUUAUUAUUUUUUUGUUUCCCAAAAACAAAUGAUUACAUAAAAAUCUGUGCACUUUUUCGUUAUAUUUUUUGAUUAAAAAAAGGAAGAUUAAAGAAGAGAACACUGGGACUGUAACAUUCUUUUUUCCUACAUAUGCAACCCCCUGCAAGUGUUAGGAAAAAGAAUGUUACAUCACUUGUGUUCCGUUCUUUGAUCUUAUUUUUUGAUCAGAACACAAAAACAGAAACAACCAAUCGCCAGGGAAAGUAAAGCAAAAACAAUGUCAGGAGUGAUAAGUCAUAUGAUUUUUUUUUCUUUUUACGAUUUAUUAAUGACUUUCAGUGUAUGCCCCAGUCCUGGUAAAUAUGUUUUAUAACUCUAACUGGAGUCCUCCCCAUCCUUGUAAAUUAAGCUAAAGCUAGCAGACGAUUAGCUUAUAUAUGAGCAUGAGUUGGUGUUUCUUUUGCGUGAAAACUGCAGAGGAUAAAGAAAGCAAGGUAGCAGCGCAAAAAUGUGUUAAAUUUAAAGCAUUUACGGCACAUAUUUUAAAGCAAGCCAAACUAUUUUCCUAAAAAAUCCACUUUCUGUGCCAAAUUAAGCCAACCAUCACCUAGCCCUAGCUUUAUACUAAAGCUUUAAACACACCAGAAGAUUUUUUAAAAUUUUAACCAAUUUCUAAAACGUGAGACCUCACAUGGCAUCAAUCUAACUUUAUGCUUCACAUUUACUACCAUUGCUGUGGCUGUGUUUGUUGUGCUUCCUCAUUCAGUCACUUUGCCUCCUGAUUGGCUGUCGUUCCAUUCCAUGCAGUGAUUCACAGUGUGUGCUCACCUGUCCUCUGUGUAACCCUCACACAACGGGAUUUAUUAAUGGAAAACAAAAUAAUGGGAGUUCAUACAUGGUUGGUACUUCCCUUCACCAAGACCAGCUCCACUUCAGCUGUAUUCAGCAUCCACUUGUAUAGUUUGUAUUUAACCAAUGAGAUUCUACUGUAAAUAUGACGCCAAAUUUUCUGUUUUAAUAAACUUUUAUUUUGUUUUAGA